GAGGGGUAAUGCCUUACCUAUCACGCACCAGUUUUAGUAAAAGGGUGGAGUCAGGGGGCAAGAGCUUAGAUUUAAAACUUCAGGGGAUUCCUGUAGGGAGCUAUUUUCGUCUCAAAUAUUCCUCAGCAAUUCCUGUUUGAAAAGGGGACACUGAAGAGAGGAAAUCUGACUCACUGGCAAGGGCAGGCACUGGUGCUGCUGUCCUAACACAAGUUCAGAGCUGCAGAGAAGAAAGGCAGGACCUCAGGACAGAAUACAUAAAGCUAAAUCCAACUGACUACACUUUAAAGGUACAUUUCAGUGGGACUUUGAAGAUCUAGAGGUUGUGAAAGGUGCUACAUAAAUAGACGCCUUUUGAAAGCAUUGUCCGUCCACCAGAACAUUCAUCCCUGAAUCCAACAUGGCCACUGACAAAGAGCUUGAGCAAGCUGCUGCAGAGCUCAAGGCUAACAUGGAUAAUGCAAAGAUUGCAAUGGAAGUGUUUCCGGACAGAGCGAGGUUUGCGACUACACCUGGUGUCUUAAAACCCAUCUUCCAGGUGGCUGGUAUUAUUCUGAAACUGGCAUUAGGGAAACGUGAGAGUGAGGAGCUUACAUACAUGAAGGAGCAGUUCCAGAUAGUCAGGAACCAGCUGGACGUCAUUUCAGAUCAGAUUAAGCAAGUGCUUUGGGAGAUAGAGAAAAGUACAAUUAAUAAUCAAUACUUCCCCAUUGAAGAGAAUCUGAAAAACCAGUUCAGGAAGUACAUGGACAUCCUCAAUGCAGCACCGGAAUUCCGGGAGAAUGAGAAAAAAGAGUUCCUCACACAUUUUGAUGUGACAAAAGGUGACCAGAACCUUCACACUCUCUUCGAUGCAGUGAUGGGAUAUUCUGCCAUCUUUGGUAAACCCAUUUUGGAAACUGCCAUGAAAUAUGACCAGAGGAAUCGGCGUCUAAUGGAAGGUCUCUGCUCCCGUCUCAAGGAGCUCUUCUGCAUUGGCCUGAUUGCCCUGGUGGGUCACUCUACUAUCACUGGGACUGAUGUAGAGGCAUUGAAGAGAGAGUGGAAUGAGAAAAUGGCCAAAGUAGAAAAUAAAAUGAAAUCCAUGAUAGAUCAGUGCAUCAAUGAGUUUGCUGACCAGGCAGAAAUAGAUGUUGAGGCUCUUAUAAAGAACAAAGGUGAGAGAGAUAACAAGGGAUGUGCAACAUUUAUAAUUGAGGCUUUAGCAGAGAAAUAUGACUGGGUUAAAUGGUCUGUUCGAGUCUAUGACCCUGUUGCUGGCUUUGACAAUCAUUGUGUCAUUGGCCCCAAUCGAUUUCACUUUUUCAGACUCAAUGGGGUUAAUGCUGUUGUCUCUUAUGCAAUUGAUCCAAUGAUUUCACUUAAUGAAGUGGAAAUCAGGCACUUAAUGGAGGGGAAAGAUGGCUGGACUGAUGCAAGAGAGGUUGCUAAACAUGUGUACAGUAACCUUCCCUCUGGGCAUGUUGUACACACAGUGAGACGCUACAAGGACUUGUGGCUUCAUAAGAACUUUCCAAACAAUUGUCAUUUCUGGGAAACGUACAGUGGAGUCACUCUGUGUGUCCACUCCACUUAAACCCCAUGAUCAAACACAGAGGUGGCUGGGAAUACAAUUGACUUUUGAUUUUUGAAUGAGAUUUCUUAAUAUCUAUUAACAGGAUUGUCAUUUGCCAAGAUGAAUGGGGAGUUAAAUAAAGAGAUAAAACUGAUUAAAAAUACUUUCUAAAAUUAACUAUAGCAACUUUUACUUCAGAUAUACCUGAUCCAUUGCAUUCCAGUUCAUCCUUGGCAAAAUAAACUGGAUCUACAUUUGUUUAAAUCUUCAAAAGUCCGAUGCCAUGGUCAAGUGGUUAAAUCAGACGAUGUAAAUGUAGAGAGAAAGGGUGGAAGGAUCUUGUGUUAGUAUGUCAGGUCGAUCCAUAGGAAAAGGACAGUUUUGUUGAAACUAGCAAUCAUUUCAUCCUCAGGACGUGGUUAAAUUUUGUCCCCAGAAGCUUCAGGACUAGUACUAUAGGUCUUAGAGCAAACCAGAACUAAUCUGGAUAUUAACAUUCAGGCUAAAUGCUAGCAUGGAUCCUGAGCCUGCAGAACCCCAUGGCUGGAGUCUGGAUUUUUCUACAUAGAAGAUCAGUGUAUUAUCUCUGAACCUGAACUUUAAGAUCUGACAGGACUCUCCAGUGCAAAUAUCUGCAGAAACUGGGACUUGUCAAAUGGAUUGGAUUUUCUUGGGUUUAGAAUUCUCUGGCUCAGCCAAAUUCCAACAGCCAUCAAUACAUCACAAUAAUAGCUCACUGGGUUUAUUUCAGAAAAGUUUGAAUGAUGUUCCAUGCUCAGUGCUAUAUGAUGGCUAUUUGACAGAUUUUAUAAACCAUGCAUCUCCAAAAGCUUUUCCAGUUGUCACCCAAUCUUAUCCUGGUGUUAACUCGCAAUUCAUGAAGAACAGAGUGACUGAGGAAAGAUAUAAAAUUAUUUAAAUUAUGCAAAGAAGAUGGUUCCACUGCACAAUAAGACACAAUAUUACCCAAAACAUUCUGGUACAGCUGUAUAAAAAAAUUUAUUAAAAUAACUCACUCAUUUACCAAAGAACCUCAGACAGUGCCUUCCAAACCCAUGACCACUUCCAUCUAGAAGGACAAUGACAGCAGAUACAAUGGAACACCACCACCUCCCAGUUCCCCUCCAUCCUGACUUGGAAACGUAUCGCCGGUCCUUCACUGUCACUGGGUCAAAAUCCUGAAAUUCGCUUCCCAAUGGCAUUGUGGGUCAACCGACAGCAGGAGGACUGCAGCGGUUCAAGAAGGCAGCUCACCACCACCUUCUCAAGGGGCAACUGGGGAUGGGCAAGAAAUGUUGGCUAGCCAGUGAUGCCCACAUCCCACAAAUGAAUAGAAAAAAAACUGCAAUGAUGGUGCUUUCAUUUCUGAUUAAUAAACCUGGAAUAAUCUCAUGUCUGUAACUUAGUGUGUAAUAUUAAAUUUCCCUCUGUAACAGCAACAUACACUGAUCUACAGUUAUUUCUGUGCUCUUCCAGUGUACUGUUGUAAUUACUGAGGUUUGUGUGAACUGAUUGGAACUGUUGAAAUAAAGUUGGCUCUGACUGUUGACUGUAAUGAAAUGCUGAAUAAACUCAGAGAGAUAACGUG